UAUCGCGCAUUAAACAUCGACGACUCAUUUCGUUAUUUUUUGUGAUUGAAAAAAGCUCCAUACAAAGUUGGAACUUGAGUAUUUAUUGGCUGGAAAAUUAUGUAGUGCUAUUCCACUUGCGGUUUUCAGUCGAGUAGAACUUUUCUUUAAAUAUUGACUAUUAUACCGAGUGUAUUCGUAAGAAGAUGUCUAUGUCGUUUGGUGCAAAGUUGCCUGUUUCUAGCAUGUUAGACUGUAAAGAAAAGUUUACGUUUGAUUGAGGAUAUUAUGGUACAGUGUAUGUUGCAGAAUUUAGUUGGAGAUGCAUUGAAUGCGAUUAAUUUUUUUGCAAAAUAAAGUUUUGUUGAAACCAAAUCUCUAAAAAAAAAGAAACGUUGAAAUGUUCACAAUUCAAAAACUCUUAGAGAGUACUCGAAGCAACUAAUUCUAUCGUCCACGCUGUUGGUUAUAUUGUUCCCUUUUGCAAGAAACUAAUUUUAUUUAUGUGCAAAAUCUGGUGUUACACAAAAAACCGGAACAUUUUGCUGCAUAAUUCAUAUCUGUAUGCAUCGUAUACAGUUCUCCAACAUCUGAGGCUGAAUGGAGCGUAAAGACUCAAUGGAUUUACGAUAUUUAUGUGUCCACUGUAACCGUACAUUAUGCAAGAAAUGAAUGGUGUUGUGUAUUCGUGGAUUUAAAGUUCAAGAUUUGUGCACACAUCGGACAUUCUGAACUUACUGCACAAUAUCAAAGUUUGUGUGUUCUUGGGUUAUUAAUAUGAAUAUUGGCCAGGAAUAAGACACGUUUAUGUACAGAGUGCUUAGGAUUAGUGUUUUGUUGGCUGCGCCAGGGAGGAGAUUCUUUUAAGAGUUUUUACCGGAUUUAUAUUGCCGUUGGCUGUUGAGCUCAAAGUUCACGAUUCGGAAACUAGCAUUGCCGUUGCAGUCACAACAGUCAUAAACAUGUCGCAGUCCGUUAUGAAAAUAUAAACAAUGUAGAUCAGCCGUAUAAUAUACGACGUCAAGUGGAUAAGUUAACUCCACAGUCGUAUGCGAAAAGCAACACUCAGCUGGUUUAUCAUAACUUAUAAAAGCGCGACAUUAUAAUGCCAUACUUCGCAUAGAGACACAAUGGCGACGUGGGCAUAGCAUAAAUCAUCGAAUGACAUUGAUGUUCUAUUUAUGUACACUUUUUUAAUCAAAAUCAACAAAUACUUUAGAAAAAAAGGAAUCAAAAAGUGAAAGAAAAGUAGAAAAAAGAAAAUUUGAAAAGAAUUGUGUUUGUGUAUGUGUGUGUGUUCGUGUUUCGGAAGAGGCCGGAUGAAUAAAAAAAAACUUACUUAAAGAAGGAAAAGUAAACAGAGAAGAGUAAAUAUAUUUGUGGUGACAUUCUCUUUUCUUGUGAAACGAAAAACUUUUCCAUUUGUGUAAAACGAAUUUCGCUCGAUUUACGCCGAAAAACGUUCUGACUGAUAUACCAGAAUAUCCCGUGUGUAAAGCAUAAAUUUUGCCAGUGGUUCGGGCCUGAAGGCAAUAAAUUUUAUUCCGUUUGUGCCCUGUGUUUUAAAUAUUGUGUAAUUUUCGUUCCGAGCUGCUCUACAUUUCUUUUUCGUUGUUCUUUCUUCAGUUUCAGUGUAAUAUAUACAGUGUAUGACCAGCGGUACUGGUGAAUCUGUCUGUUGGUAUAUUAUACGUUAACCAUGUAUAUAUUUGCAAUAUAAAACGUCAGAGAGAAAAAAAAUAUGAAAACAAAUCGCAAACUAAGCAUUCGUAAUUUAUGUGAAAGCCUGCGGAAUAGCAAGGAUAUAAAAACGGAUGAAACAAUGGAAAAUGGUGUUUGUUCUGUGAUUUAUGUUUAUAUUGGAGUAAAUCAAGAAGCUAUGGUUAAUUACAAAUAAUAACGCAAUGGGAAUUGAAUGCAGCUUGAAAUUAUGCCUAGCCUUAUUUACGAUAAAUGUUUCAACAACAUUUGGAAAUUCUCAGUUAUUAUGGGAAAGUCCGUACGCACAGCCAUACUUCGAUAACUCGACCAGGCGGGACAUGACAAUAACUGUGGGACAAACCGCCAAUUUACACUGUAAAGUACGGAAUUUAGGCGAUAGAGCGGUUUCAUGGAUACGUAAGCACGAUUUACAUAUUAUCACUAUUGGCAUAAUGACAUACACAAACGACCAGCGAUUCCAAGCUAUUCAUCCAGAUGGUUCGGACGAAUGGAUAUUGAAGGUGUCCUCCGCACAACCGAGAGACUCUGGAAUUUAUGAGUGUCAAGUAUCGUCGGAGCCUAAGCUGAGUUUACCAUUUCGACUGACUGUUGUUGUUGCAAAAGCUAAAAUCCUUGCAAACAACGAGCUAUUUUUCAAAAGCGGAAGUGACAUAAAUCUAACAUGCGUUUCGUUGCAAGCCACCCAGCCACCCUCCUAUAUUUAUUGGUACAAAGAUGGAUAUUUAAUUAACUAUUCACAGCGAGGCGGCAUAAAUGUGCUAACUGAACGGCAAACACGAACCAGCACAUUGGUUAUAUCGAGAGCGGUGCCACCCGAUUCUGGAAAUUACACAUGUUUUCCCAGCAAUACAAAUUCGGACAGCGUCAUGGUUCAUGUCAUUAAGAGCGAGCAUCGUGCUGCUAUGCAACAUGAAAACAAUGCUGCACAUACAUCUAACCCAUCCAGAAUACUCUUGCUCAUUGGUUUACUGUCGACGACAAUUUAUGCGACCACAAGAACCGUAGGAAAACAAAUUGAACAGUUAUUGGUAUGCCCCAUAGUGAUAUUUGCCUGUUUGUAUUCGAUAUGGAGAUGACAUUUAUUAGUUUCCAAUAAUAAUGAGCCUACAUAUUUAGCGACAACAUAAAGACAACCAACAAAAAAGAAAACUUAAUGGGAGAGAAUGGGAGAGAAAGAGAGAUAAAAUUAUGGUUGAUUUAUGAAUAUGGAUAAAUGAAAAUUAUUGGAAAGAUUGGCUUGCAUUUCUAAGAAACGGAAUUCUUGAUUUAUUGGUAUUCGUUUGAAAUAAAAAUAAAUGAAAUGACGCAAAAUCCUAAGAAAAACCAAAUUUGAAUAAACUUUUACUAUAAAAUAGUAUAUCGUAAUAUGAAUACAGUAUUUUAUAGACUGAAUCAGUAAAAAAAAGAACAAAACAAAUGAAAUGUAACUUA